AUAGAAAUAUAAGCAUAUUUUCAGCUGGCGUUCGUCGGUUAUCUGUCAAAGCAAUGAGAAAUUAUGAGAUUCUUUCGGGACAAAACUUGAUAAAGGUGUGGUAAAACCCGAUCUCUUUUCGGUAGAUCUAUCAACGUGAUUCUUUUUCUCAAACGACGCUCUUGAUAUUUAUUGGUGUCGUGUGCACAUCAUGUUUAAAUAUAAUGAACGAGCAGUGAUAAUAAUCACAAAUACUUCGUCUCGUAAAAGAAUCAUCAUGUUGAAGAUAAUAGUGUUGUGUACGCUCGUGUGCUUAGUAGCCGCUCAAAAAGCUACUUUUAACAACUACAAGGUUUUUAGAAUUAUUCCUACUACGGAGGACCAAGUCAAUAAAUUACAACAGCUGGAAGCAAUUCCCGAUGGAUUCUCGUUCUGGCAAGAACCUAGUUUUGUAGGAAGAAAUGUGGAUAUCAUGGUGGCUCCGCACAAGUUGCCCGAAUUUUAUGAAAUAAUGGCUCAGAUCGGAGUACCCUAUCAAGUUUUUAUCGAGGAUGUGCAAAAGUUGAUUGACCAAACGAUGCCUGAAAAUCAAUCAACUUCAUUCGAUUUUAACAGCUACCAUACUCUUAAGGAAAUCUAUAAAAAUCUAGAUGAUAUGGCCGAGCAAUAUCCCGACAAAGUGCAGGUCGUCGUAGGUGGCAAGACGUAUGAGGGACGUCAGAUCAAAGGCGUCAAGGUUUCAUUUAAGGCCAACAACCCUGGAAUCUUCAUCGAGGGUGGCAUUCACGCCAGAGAAUGGAUCUCUCCAGCGACUGUUAUGUAUAUUUUGCAUCAAUUACUGACCAGUACCAACCCGGAAGUCAGAGCUCUGGCUGAGAGACACGAUUGGUACAUUUUCCCCGUAUUUAAUCCCGAUGGAUACGCGUACACGCACACCAAGAAUCGAUUAUGGAGAAAGACUCGUAAGCCAUACGGCAUCUGCGUUGGAGCUGACGCAAAUAGAAACUGGGACUACCAGUGGGUGUCUAGAGGCCUUACCGGCCAUCCAUGUUCUGAGAUUUAUGCGGGAAAUAAGCCGUUUUCCGAGAUAGAGACCAAGAGCAUGUCCGAGUACAUCAAAUCUAUUUCCGACAAAUUCUACACAUACAUCUCAUUCCAUAGUUUUUCGCAACUUUUGAUGUACCCUUACGGUUACACGAGAGAGCACCUUGAUAAUUACAAGGAUUUGCACGCUAUUGGCUUGAAAUCAGCUGCAGCACUCAAAGAGAGAUAUGGAACUGCAUUUCGAGUUGGAAACAUUGCUGAGACGAUUUAUGUGUGCACCGGAGUUAGCAUAGACUAUAUUAAAGGCGUUUAUCAUACACCUAUCGCAUACACCUACGAGUUACGCGAUCGCGGUCGUUACGGUUUUUUACUGCCUCCUAGUCAAAUUAUUCCAUCUGGAGAAGAGACAAUGGAUUCUCUCAUAGCCAUGUUUAAAGAAGCAAAGGCACGCGGAUAUCCCAAAGAAAAUUUGUAUUGAUAUAAUUAUUUGUAUUCAUUUUGAUAUAGUGUAAGCUAGAUGUAGAUAUAUUUUUAUAUGAAACUUUGUCGACAAAAAAUAAUGAUAAAUUAAUAUUUAAUUGUACCUGGCGUUUAUAAUUUCUUAUAUUUUGUGAUAGUUAAUAUAUUUUUCUACAUUAUAACGCUAUAACAUUUGAAACAAUUUACAUUUUUAUUGCAUAAUAAUUUUCGUCAAAUACUUUUUCCAAAUCUUACUGCUGUUAUAAUAGUAACAAAAUAAAUUGCAAUCUAUUAUUAUAAUAUUUAUCAGGCAUAUAAACAUUCUUAUUUUUCAGUU